CUGCUGUCGCUGUUGCUCCUGCUACGAUGCAGCUCGUGCUGCUACUUAUGACGGCCGCUGCAGCUGCUGUGUAUGGUUCCACCGCUGUCCGAAAACUUGGCGAUAUGCCGGAAAAUCUAUAUGCCAAGGAACAAAAGGCAUUUAAGCACUGGUCGGCACAUUUAAGUGGAUAUACAGGUUUCAGCACGGCCUCCAGUUCACCAAAAGAAAACACUGCCUCGUGGGUCUGCACCGUCGCCCCAAAAACAGGAAUGGCGUGUUGCGGCUUGCCUUUUAUAGGCCGGAUGUCGUAUGCCUGCGGAUUUUUACGUCCUUGCGCAUCCGUUCAUCACGGCCUUGACGUUUCCCCACUUUGAGGUGCCAUCGGGACACAACCCUGCGCCUGCGCGGCUGCAGUUGCCACCA